AUGAGGAGCAUCGCGACCUGCUACAGCGAAAACGCCAUCAAAGUCUCCGACUCCUACUGCUCCGGCCCGGCGUCGAGCCGGACCAGCAUUUCCCAGCACCCCACCCGCCCGGCGCCGAGCUCCGUCACUUCCACUUACAAAAUAAUCAGAAACAACUCCUCGCUGAAUUCCAAUCCGAUUUUCGUCACCGUCAAUUGGUCCGGCUGCGGCGGAGGAGACGGGGGGUUUUCAAUCUCGGUAACGGACAAAAUCCCUUCUGCUUCUAAUUCGCCGGCUCGCCAGUUUCGGAAACCGAAAGGGAGCAAAGAAUUCGAAGCCUGCGGUUGCAGAAUCGAGCUGCUCUGGAACCUCUCCCCUGCUUUCUACGAUGCAGGGCCCGAACCGGUCAGUGGGUUCUACGUCGUGGUAUUGAUUGACUCGGAACCCGGGUUGUUCCUCGGAGACGUCGAGGAGAUCGAGGACGAGGAAGGCGAGGAUGGGUUCAGGCGAGGAGGGGUAGACGGGGAGAAGAUUCGCCUGGCGGCGGAGCUCUCCCCUGUUUCCCGGAUCGAGAAAUUCGUCUCCGGCGGGUCGGGUCGCGGUUCGUAUUCGACUCGGGCGCAGUUCAGCAGGGUGGGGGAAAUGCACGAUGUGAUGAUCAAUUUCGGGACUGGGGGUGAUCAGUCGUCGGCGGCGGCGGGGAUGUCGGUUUUGAUCGACGGGCGGCGGGUUUUCGAGGUGAGGAGGUUGAGGUGGAAUUUCCGCGGGAAUCAGACGAUUUUCUUGGACGGGAUUGUGGUGGACGUGAUGUGGGAUUUGCACGACUGGUCUUUUAAGGAAACAGGGGAAGGAGAAGCAGACGGCCGCGACAGAGGAGGAUGUACGGCGGCGGCGGCGGUGUUUUUGUUCAGGACAAGAAGCGGAUUGGACAGCAGGCUGUGGCUGGAGGAGAAGAUUCUUGAGCAGAAGAAGGAUCCAGAGAGAGCUGAAUUCUCUCUAUUGAUUUGUGCAUGUAAGAAGCCUGGUUGA